AUGCCGUCUGCCUCCCUACUAAAGAGCAGCAAAGAGGAGACACCUGUUAUUGAUCUUUCUGCUGUCUCUCCUUUGCAGCAACCCCGUCGCCGCCGCAGGCGUCUCCGUCGCCGCAGCAGCAGCAGCAGCAGCAACUGCAGCAGCAGCAGCAACAGUAGCAGCAGCUGCUACGAACUCGAAUACGUCACCCGCAGCAGCAGCAGCAGCAGCAUUGGCAGCAACAAGGGGACUGCGACGCAGGGAAGGAAGCUCUGCGCGCGGAGCUCAGCAAGGAUAGCUAGCAGCAGCAGCAGCAGCAACAGCAGCAGCAGCAGCAGCAGCAGCAGCAAAGCUGAAGGAAGGAAAGCCUCCUCAAGGAGCAGCAGAAGCAUAAAGACUUCUGCCUUAUCCGAAUCUAGGCGCCCUAUUCGAAGCCUCGUCAGCAGCAGCAGCAGCAGCAGCAGCAGCAGCAGCAGCAACCACAGCAGCAGCAGCAGCAACAAUGGUAGUAUUAGCAGCAAGAGCCACAUCGGUGUGGGGCUGCUGGCAGCGCAUGCUGCUGCUGCUGCUGCUGCCAAUGGGGAUAGGACCCCCCUAUGGCUACGGCCAGCUUCUUCCCCAUUAAAGGUCUCCAAGGCCCCUUCUGCUGCUGCUGCUGCAUGCAGCAACAGCAACAGCAGCAACAGCAACAGCAGCAGCAGCAGCAGCAGCAGCAGCAGCUUUUCGUGGUAUGAAGCAGCAGCUCCCGGGUGUACAGACAACUUUCAGUUUGUUCAUCCUCCUGCUAAGGUAGCAAGGGUAAUUGAAUUCCUUCGCCCCUUUGCUGCUGCUGCUGCUGCUCCUGAUCCUGCUGCUCCUGCUGCUGCUAAUGCUGCUGCUGGGCAGCAGCAGCAGCAAGUGCAGCAGCAAUGGCAGCAACAGCGGGAUAGGAGGAUGAGGGAAGGGGAGCCUUCGGACCCCAAUUCAAUGGAUAUUGAUGGACAGUUCCACAGCAGCAGCAGCAGCAGCAACAGCAGCAGCAGCAGCAGCAGCAGCAAGCCGCUGCCUCCUUGUAUCUUAGUGCUGCAGGGCCCCUCUGGUUGCGGUAAGCGUUGGCUGCUGAUGGCAGCAGCAGCUUCCUUAGGUCUAAAUGUCUUAGAGUUCGAUGAGGCUGCUGCUGCUGCUGCUGCUGCAGGCAGUAGAGCAGCAGCAGCAGCAGCAGCAACAGCAGCAACAGGAGGAGGGAGCCGAUACACCGCAGGGGAGCCUUUGUCAUUAGGUGCUGCUCUCUUGUCUUUCCUCUCUGAAUCAAGUAGACGCCGCGCGUUACCCUUAGGCAGCAGCAGCAGCAGCAGCAAGAGCAGCAGCAGCAGCAGCAGCAGGAGUGGUGCUGCAGUAGUGCUGCUGCGGCAGCUACCUACAACUCUGCUGCAGCAUUCCCCAUCCUUUACGCGUCGUCUGCAGCAGCUGCUGCAGCACCGUCUACAGCCGUACGAACAGCAGCAGCAGCAGCACCCCCAACAGCAGCAGCAGCAACAGCAGCAGCAGCAGCAGCAGCAGAGGAGCGUCCAGCCCCUAGUUAGACGUUUGCUGCAGCGAGUGCAGCAGCAAACAGUAACAGAUCUACUGCAGCAGGGACGUGCUGCUGCUGCUGCACGUAUUGCUGCAGCAGACACAGCAGCAAUUGCUGCAGCAAGCAGAGGAGAUAUAAGACAGGCAUUAGGUAGUCUACAUCUUGCUGCUGCUGCUCCUGUUGCAGCACCUGCUGCUGCUGCUGCUGCUGCUGUUGCAUCAGCAGCAGCGUCACAAACCCCUCCCCGGCGAGGAGGCGGGAGACAGAAUGCUGCAGCAGCGGGAGGAGGAACAGCAGCAGCAGCAGCAGCAGCAGCAGCAGCAGCAGCAGCAGUAUGGUGUAAGGAUGUACAGUUGGCGUCUUUUCAUGCCUUAGGGAAAUUCCUCUAUGGGAAAAGGCUCCCUUGCUGCACACAGCAGCAGCAGCAGCAGCAACAGCAGCAGCAGCAGCAGCAGACAUUGGACUCCCUUACCCGUCAGUCCAUGCUGCCGACUGCAGCAGCAGCAGCAGCAACAGCAGCAGCAGCAGCAGAGGAGACAGAACCUUCACGGGGUAUUUGGGGAGGCAUGGUGUGGGCUCCAGUCAAUUCGUCAUCUGCUGCAGCAGCAGAUGAAGGUUUGUGGGAUGAUGACCUCGACGACUUGCUGGCAGCAGUUGAGGAACAGCAGCAGCAACAGCUGCAGCAGCAGCAACAGCAGCAGCAGCAGCUGUUACGGGUGCACCAGCAACCGCAGCGCUUGGAUUGGUCACGUGUUGCUGCUGAUGCUGCUGCAGCAGUAGCAGCAGCAGCAGCAGCAGCAGCAGCACCUGAGGCUCCCGUGAUCCAACAGCAGUCCCCGCACUACAUACUAAAUGGAGGUACUAGUUGGUUAUGGGCAGCAGGUGAAUCUAUCCGCAACUUUACUCCUUGUGGUUCUCCGUUGCUGCCUCCUCCUCCUGUUGCUGCUCCUUCAGCAGCAGCAGCUGCUGCUGCUGCUGCUGCAGCAUCAAGCUGUCUUAGACGCCAAUCUACACCCCUGCUGUCCUUCCCGCAGCAGCAACGGCAGCAGCAGCAGCAACAGCAGCAACAGCAGCAACAGCAGCAGCAGCAGGAGCUGGGGCUUCGCCUUUAG